AUGAAGCUCACUUUCAAAGAUCUUAAGCAGCAGAAAUUCGUCAUCGAGGCUGAGCCAUCAGAGACUGUUGGCCAGCUAAAAGAGAAGAUCGCGAAAGAGAAGGGAUGGGAUGUCGCUCAACAGAAGCUCAUCUAUUCAGGCAAAAUCCUGCAAGAUGCCAACACCAUCGAGUCAUACAACAUCGAAGAGAAGGGCUUCAUAGUCUGCAUGGUUUCUAAGCCCAAGACUGCUCCAGCCACCUCCGCCGCAGCGCCCUCACAAGCACCAUCCACGCCGGAGAGGGCUGCUGCAGCACAAACGCCAGCAGCUCCUGCUCCUUCCGUUACCGCUGCGGGCCCCGCGGCACCUACGACUCCUUCUCCAGCUGGCCCUACAACUUCAACUACGACUGCCGAGACCUCUGCCGCUUCUGCCUUCAAUGACCCCUCCGCCCUGCUGAUGGGCCCUCAGAGCGAGGGCGUUAUUUCGCAGAUGGAGGCGAUGGGAUUUGCCAGGAGUGACAUUGAGCGAGCUAUGAGAGCCGCUUACUUCAACCCUGACCGUGCUAUCGAGUACCUUUUGAACGGGAUUCCGGAACACAUCCAGCGGGAACAGCAGCAGGCUCAGGCCGCAGCCGCCGGUGCUGCUCAGGCAGCCAACCCCCCAGCUGGUACGACUGCGCCGGCCGCCGGUGGAGAUGAGCCUGUGAAUCUGUUCGAAGCUGCUGCGCAGGCAGGUGCUGCUCAAGGUGGUGCUGCUGGUCGUGGAGCUCGUGGAGCUGGCGCGGGAGGUGAAGCUGGAUCGCUCGGAAACCUGGACUUUCUGCGAAAUAACCCGCACUUCCAGCAGUUGCGUCAGCUCGUGCAGCAGCAGCCUCAGAUGCUGGAGCCCAUCCUGCAACAAGUGGGAGCUGGCAACCCUCAACUAGCCCAACUCAUCGGACAAAAUCAGGAACAGUUCCUCCAGCUGCUGGCGGAGGACAUUGACGAUGAGACUCAGCUGCCCCCUGGCACCCAGGCCAUCAGCGUUACGGAGGAGGAGCGGGAUGCUAUCGAACGGCUCUGCCGUCUUGGUUUCUCCCGAGAUUCUGUCAUCCAGGCCUACUUUGCCUGUGAUAAGAACGAAGAGCUCGCCGCCAACUUCUUGUUCGAGCAGCCCGACGAAGGUGACGAGCAACAAUAA